GGCAAAGACGCCACUUAAAGUCUAUCUGUUGUUUAAGCAGAGACAUUUGAAGCGCCGUCGUUUCGUGCUUCCUUGCGUUGAAAGGGAAAACCCUAAUAGGAAGUGAAAUCAGAGCUGAAAAACCCUAACAAUUCAGAAAAGCUAAGAAUGGGAGGCAAAUGUCCGCACCGGCAUGUGAAGAAAAGAAGAUAUUCUCACAAAACCGCGCGCCGUACAAAAUUUGAGCUUAAAGGGGACGACAUGGUUUAUGCGCAGCUUAAUAAAACCGAUGAAGAAAGACCCCCUUUACCUCUAGAUGAAGAUUUGCCUGGGAUGGGCCAGUACUAUUGUCUCCACUGCGAUCGAUACUUCUCCAAUGUAGCUGUAAGGGAUGAGCACUUUAAGACCAAACGACACAAGAAGCGUGUGAAACAAAUGAUGGGUCCUGCACCACAUACUCAACUUGAUGCCGAUUUAGCUGCAGGCAUGGGUAUGCCAGACAAUGGACCAAAGCUGAUGUCUAUGUAAACUUAUUUUUGGUAGUAUGUGGGACAAUUGUUUUAGGAGCUGGUGUUAUAAAAUAUAGUUCUUGUUAUUAUAUUACAACAAAAGCAAUAUUAUAUUUCGAAUGCUAUAUUUUUGUUUAAUUUC